CAAAGGAAAGGGGAAACAGGUUGCUGUCGAACCUAAGCAAUCCGAACACGAGGACGUGAUGGAUCCCCCCUCCCAGGAUGUUGACCACAAUCCUGCUACUCCUUCCGAGGACGUGGACGACCCUCCGAUUGUCGCUGACGAAGACAGAGCCUUAUCUCCAGUGGCUGCCAUCCAGGGGGCCGUCAAGUCUCGUCCGACCGCCAGCGAGAGUGAAGUCGGGGCUAAGCGUAAGCAGCGCGGCGAGGACACUGAUGACAUCCCUGAUGUCAUCACAGAGUCCAGCAGCAUUGCUGCUGCUAAGAGACGUAAGGUGGCAAAGUCGUCUUCUGCGAAAGACAGCCACCAGUCUCGUCCGGCCGCCAGCGGCGACAAAGUCGGGGCUAAGCGCAAGCAACCCGACGAGGACGCCGAUGACAUUCCAAAUGUCAUCCCCGAGGUCAGCAGUACUACUGCUAAGAGACGCAAGGUGGUCAAGGAGCCCCUUCCCGAGGACAAUCGCGGGUCCCCGAUCACCCCUGGCCAGGACACCCAGCUCUCCUCGGUUACUCCGGCAACCCCCUCUGCGACCCCUAGCAGGAUUAACCUCGUGUUUAAGGGCAAGCAGAACGAUAGCGAGGCCAGUGGCGCUACGUCUGCGGAGGGAGGGCAAGAGGUUGUCAAGGAGUCCCUUCCGAGGGGUACUGACAAGUCCCCGAUCGCUUCAGACCAGGGCACCCACCAAUCGUCGGCCACUCCGGCAAUAUCCCCUGCGACUGUCAGCAGGAUCAACCUGGUGUUUAAGGGCAAGCAAACCAAGGAAGACGGUGCUACUUCCAGUGCCGUCUCCGAGUAUGUCCACGGACCCCCGGUUGCUUCCGGCCAGAAUUUCCGGUUAUCCCCCGUGACCCAGAUCAGGAGGACCCUCAAGACGUAUUCCCGUAAAAAGGAUAUGACCAUGGCUGUGCCCGCGGAACCGGAUAGGGCCGUAUCCCAAGAGGAGGCCGCAGUCAUUGCUGCGCUCGGAAAGUUGGCUGAGCCCGAGGGGACAGCUUCCGACGAGGUCCCGCCCAUGUCCGAGGCCGCUGGGAAGUCCGCUGAACAGGAUAUGACUAUUUCCCCCGACGAGCC